AUGUCUGUGACAGCUCUGCGCCUCCGCGCCCAAUGGCUGGCCACACGUCGUCCGCUGUCACCGCGAUGCCUCUUGCAGAACCGCCCAGCUCCCACUCGCUGCAUUACGGCAUCUCGAGCUUCAACACCUCAGCUCCAAAUUCGCGCCCAGCACACAACCACCCGAGGGUUUCACUCCAGCACGGCCGCCGAUUCCGACCCAAUCGAAUCCAAGGCAACAUACGACAAUGACUCGUUAUUCGCACCGCUCGAUACAUUCGCCCGCCGUCACAUUGGUCCUACGGCCGAGACCACCGAGCAAAUGCUCAAGGUGCUGGAUCCACCCGUGAGCAGCUUGGAUGAGUUCGUCAAGCAGGUCUUACCCAGCAACAUUCUCUCCAAGAAGAACCUCAAAGUGGAGGGCCCUGUGCCCGAGUCGGGCUCCGCAUCGAUCGAGCAGGGCGGCUACUCCGAGAGCCAAUUGCUCACCCGUCUGCGAGAGAUUGCCGGCGAGAACAAAGUCUACAAGAGUUACAUUGGCUGUGGAUAUGCUGGCACUCGCGUCCCCGAAGUCAUCAAGCGUAACAUCCUGGAGAACCCUGCGUGGUACACCAGCUACACUCCAUACCAGCCGGAAAUCAGCCAGGGUCGGUUGGAGUCCCUGUUGAACUUCCAGACAAUGGUAUGCGAUUUGACGGGGUUGGCCAUUUCCAACGCGUCCGUUCUGGAUGAGCCGACUGCUGCUGCAGAGGCGAUGACUCUCUCCCYCAAUGCUCUCCCUGCAGCUCGCGCGAAGCGUCCUAACAAGACCUAUCUCGUUUCCCACUUGUGCCAUCCUCAGACAAUCGCCGUACUAGAGAGUCGUGCACAAGGAUUCGGAAUCAAGAUCGAAGUCGCGGAUGUUCUCGCGAAUAACAGCCAGCGCGUGGAUGAGGUCGGCCAGGAUCUGAUCGGUGUUUUGGCACAAUACCCAGACACCAUGGGAGGCGCUGAGGAUUACAGACAGCUGGCGGAUAAAGUGCACGCAUUGCAAGGAACAUUUGCAGUGGGCACUGAUUUGUUGGCAUUGACAUUGCUCACUCCACCGGGUGAAUUCGGCGCUGAUGUUGCGUUCGGGAAUGCGCAGCGCUUUGGUGUUCCGUUCGGCUUCGGUGGUCCCCACGCCGCUUUCUUUGCGGUGAGCGAGAAGCACAAGCGCAAGAUUCCAGGACGCCUCAUUGGUCUUUCCAAGGAUCGUCUCGGAGACAAUGCCGCCCGUCUUGCUCUGCAGACUCGUGAACAACACAUUCGUCGCGAAAAGGCCACGAGCAACAUCUGCACAGCCCAGGCCCUGCUGGCCAACAUGAGCGCCAUGUAUGCGGUCUACCACGGUCCUGCUGGUCUCAAGCGGAUCGCGGAGAAGGUCGCAAAGAUGGCGCAAGUGUUGGCCAAGGGUCUGGAGAGUGGUGGUCUCGAGGUGAGGCAACCAGUAGCUUUCGACACUGUCGUGGUGAAGAAGCCCAACGCAGCCGCAUUCGCAACCAAGACUGCGCAGAACUUCAUGACCAACUUCCGCGUAAUCGACGAUGAUCACAUCGGUAUCACCGUCGACGAGACCGUUGGCAAGAAGCAGAUUGAGGAGAUCUUCCGUGCUUUUACCACUGAUGCCAUUGACGUUGAAAAGCUCGCUGAAGAUGUCACCGCCACUGGCAGUCUUGCGGAGCCAUUGAGACGUACCUCUGAGUACCUCACACACCCAGUCUUCAACUCCUACCACUCCGAGACAGAGAUCCUCCGAUACAUGUACCACCUGCAGUCCAAGGAUCUUUCCCUCGUUCACAGUAUGAUUCCUCUCGGCUCUUGCACGAUGAAGCUCAACGCCACAACUGAGAUGGUCCCAAUCUCGUGGCCAGAAUUUGCCAACAUUCAUCCAUUUGCUCCCAGCGACCAAACCAAAGGUUAUGCAAAGAUGAUCGGUGAGCUCGAGGCGGAUCUAGCUUCUAUAACUGGCUUUCACUCAGUCUCCCUUCAACCGAACUCGGGUGCUCAAGGAGAGUUUGCGGGGCUCCGCGUGAUUCGGAAAUAUCAGGAAGACCAACCUGGCAAGAAGCGCGACAUCUGCCUGAUCCCUGUCUCAGCCCACGGUACCAAUCCUGCAUCUGCUUCAAUGGCGGGUAUGCGUGUGGUGACGAUCAAAUGUGACAACAUCACUGGUAACCUAGACAUGGCCGAUCUUGAAAUGAAGUGCAAAAAGUACAGCGAGGAGCUCGGUGCCAUCAUGAUCACCUACCCAUCAACCUUUGGUGUGUUUGAGCCCAAGGUCAAGGAGGCCUGUGACCUCGUUCACAAGCAUGGUGGCCAGGUCUACAUGGAUGGCGCGAACAUGAAUGCUCAAAUCGGUCUCUGCUCUCCGGGCGAGAUCGGAGCAGACGUCUGCCAUUUGAACCUUCACAAGACCUUCUGCAUUCCUCACGGUGGAGGCGGUCCAGGUGUUGGUCCUAUCGGUGUGGCCGAGCACCUUUCCCCAUAUCUUCCGGGACACCCUCUUGUCGCGAAUGUAGGUGGUAGCAAGGCUAUUGCUCCCAUCUCCGGAGCGCCGUGGGGAUCCGCCAGCAUCUUGCCCAUCUCAUGGGCAUACAUCAAGAUGAUGGGAGCUCGCGGUCUUACCCACGCCACCAAGAUCACCCUCCUCAACGCCAACUACAUCAUGUCUCGUCUGCGACCACAUUACCCAAUCCUCUACACCAAUGACAACGAUCGCUGCGCACACGAGUUCAUCCUUGAUACUCGCAAGUUCAAGGAGACUGCUGGUGUCGAGGCCAUCGACAUCGCCAAGCGUCUACAAGACUACGGCUUCCACGCACCAACCAUGUCAUGGCCUGUCGCCAACACCCUCAUGAUUGAGCCCACGGAGUCUGAGAGCAAGAAUGAGCUUGACAGAUUCUGCGAUGCUUUGAUCAGCAUUCGUAAGGAGAUCGCACAGGUCGAGWCCGGCGAGCAGCCGCGUGAAGGAAAUGCUCUCAAGAUGUCACCACACACGCAGAAGGAUCUGAUUCUCAGCAAGUGGGAGCGUAGCUACACUCGGGAAACUGCUGCCUACCCUCUUCCUUACUUGAAGGAGAAGAAGUUCUGGCCAAGUGUAACGCGAUUGGACGAUACUUAUGGUGACAUGAACCUUUUCUGCAGCUGUGCACCAGUCGAGGCAAUCGAUGGUAUGACGGGCAUCGCGGCUCCGAUGCCAACAUAG